AUGACCGAGGACAACCCACCGGCUGUUGCUCCAAGCGCAAAGUCCAAGAAGAGCAAAAAGAAAGCCGCGGCUGCCAAAGCCCAGGCCGACGCUGUGGCCGCUGAGCCCGACACAUCAAUCGACCAGAAUAAUCAUGAACCCCAUGAUGCCAAUCAGGACCCCACCGAAGAGCCCGAAUCAAACGGCGCCGAGCCCGAAACAAUAGAUCUCCCCGACCGGUCAGUCAAUCACCAGCAAACUGGUACCGCUGGCAAUGCUUCCGCCAGCGCCGAUGUCCAACCCGACCCCGCCUCCGAUCACACUGAGCCAAAGGACCGAUUCGAUGCUCUCGUUCGCGAUCGCGACUCCUUACGCGCGGAAGUGGCCGACAUGCGAAAAUCAUUGGAGGAGAUUCAAUCCAAGCACGCCGCAGACAUUGAGCCCUUGCAAAAACGGUUGGAUGAUGCGGAGGAUAAGAAGGAGCAGGCAGAAGCGCAGUACCAGACGCUACUGGAGCGAGUGAACACGAUCAAGUCGCAACUCGGGGAGCGGCUCAGAGAAGAUGCCGAACUGGCCCUUGCACGAUCGCAAAUCGAAGAACUUGAGGACGAAAACAAUACCCUCAAGGAGGAAUUGGAUUCUAAAUCUAAUCAGAUGCUUGAGCUCUCGGGUGAUUCAGCAGAGAAGGAAAAAGAGCUCGCAAUCCUCCGGGACCGGACAAGUUUAUCUCAGCAGAACUGGCUGAAGGAGAAAGAAGAGAUGCUGGGACAAGAGUCGUAUCUUCAGGCAGAAUUCGAGCAAGCAAAAGAGGCAAUGCACAACUGGGAGGUUCUUGCUAUGGAGGAGAGAUCUAUCCGAGAAAAUCUGAACGAGAAGGUUGGAGAUUUGGAGGAGCAGCUCAGCAGCCUCAAAGAGGCCUAUGAGCGAGCAACCGAUGACCGUGACACUCAGCAGUCAACUGUUGAUGGUCUCCAGCGAGCUUUGCAAGAGAUCCAGGCCGCAAGAAAGCAAGAAUUGCGAGAGCUUGUGGAGAGCUCUGAUUCCCAACUCGAGGAGCUUCGGCGCUCUCUACGUGAAGCCCAAAAGCAAGCCUCGGAUGCAGACAAGGGUCUUCAAGCUGCACAAGAAGAGAUUGAACGAGUUCGACCUUUCGAGAAGGAAGUCAAAGAGAAGAAUCUUCUAAUCGGCAAGCUGCGCCAUGAGGCGGUCACAUUAAAUGAUCACUUGACAAAGGCCCUUCGAUUCCUCAAAAAAGGGAAACCUGAAGAUAACGUCGACAGACACAUCGUCACUAAUCAUUUCUUGCACUUCCUCGGCCUAGACCGAUCCGAUCCUAAGAAGUUCCAGAUUUUGCAACUGAUUGCAGCGCUCCUAGGCUGGAAUGAUGAACAACGUGAACAGGCAGGGCUUGCCCGUCCAGGGACGUCAAGCAUGCCGGGAAAACUACGAGUCCCCGGAACUCCCCUGCGAACGCCGAGCACACCAAAUCUUGCGACAGAGUUUAUGGACAACGGCGCCUCUAGCAAAGAGACCUUGGCUGAACUCUGGUCUAAUUUCCUGGAACAAGAAGCAGAAGCUGGGAGUAUGAAUCCCUCAAGGCGUGGAAGCCAUCAGGGGCCUCUUAAGCCAUAG